GAAAGUGAACGAGGUUAGCGGUUUUCCAGACCGUUCACAUCCUUUUUCAUCCCUACCCAAAUCCCAAUCCCUAGCCCUCACCGCCGCCCGCUGGCUCGCUCCACCGGCCACGCGCGGGGAUGCAGGCCGCCUCCUGCCGCCACUACGGGUGGGUCAAGGAGUGGGUUCCGCAGGACCUGGUCGUCGCCGGUGGCCCCUGCGCGCUCUACAAGUGGGUGCGAGAGGAUAGGUUUGCAGCUCUGAAAGCCAAGGACAAGGAACAAGGGGCAGAAUCUGCAAAGCCUGAACCAAACAAUGAGGUUCUCUUCCUGUGCAGCUAUGAAGGAUGUGGGAAAUUUUUUGUUGAUGUAGGGGCUCUUAGGAAGCAUGCUCAUGUCCAUGGGGAGAAGCAAUAUAUCUGUCACUAUGAGAACUGUGGCAAGAAGUUUUUGGAUAGCUCUAAGUUGAAGAGGCAUUUUCUUAUUCAUACAGGAGAAAAGAACUUUGUGUGCUCUCAUGAAGGUUGCGGGAAGGCUUUUUCAUUGGAUUUUAAUCUAAAGGCGCACAUGAAAACACAUUCUGCGGAUAAUUAUCAUAUGUGCCCGUACCCAGAAUGUGGGCGAAGAUUUACGCAAGAAUCUAAACUAAGAGCUCAUAUCAGGGCACAACAUGAGAAAAAUCCAGGUGCGUCAACAAUGAACCACAAUGCACCAGAUCAUCACCACCAUAAAACAGUGAAACCUUCAGCAACACCACCAGCUCCCUCAGCUGAGCGCCCAUAUGUCUGCCCAUAUGAUGGUUGCGACAAGGCAUAUAUCCAUGAGUACAAGCUUAACCUCCAUCUGAAAAAAGAGCAUCCCUAUCACUACCAGGACGCAGGUGCUCAGGGUGUUGCUUCUUCAAAGGGCACCAUGUCGAAGAAUUCCAAAAGAAGCAAGCCGAAUGUCACUGCCAAGAUGGCCCCACCCAAGAUCCCUAAGUGCAGAGGAGGAUACGCAGUGCCAUCUCCGGCUGUCAACAUCCCUGAGGAACACCAGUGGCAAAGGGAAGUGUUGUAUGAGGAUGACAGCGAAGAGACUGAGGAAGAGGGGGACAAUGUCGAGGAUGGAUGGAGAUACAGAGCUGCUAGCAGCGACGAUGAGGAAACUGAAGAUGAAGAAUGAGCUGCCCGGCCAUUUUGUCCUUCAGUAGUUGUGCAUAUGAGCUUUGGGGGUUAUAGCUUUGCAUACAUGUACAAUGUUAAAAUAAAGGUGACUUGUUAGUAGGCAAGAAAGGUUGGAGUUGGCCUACCCCUUCUGAAGUAGGCCUCUCUUCUCUUCAAGGUACGAGAUGUUUGGCUAUUAACUUGGAAAGGAAUUGGGAUCAUUGCUUGCGUUCUA